AUGUCUAUGACUAGCAAACCCUCGCUUCUCGACCUACCCAACGAGCUCUUCCUCCAGAUUGCCAGCUACCUACAGCCCGACGUGAAAAUCGACAAAGACGCUGGCUAUGGCUCGCCCACUUGGCUUCCUCUUCAUCCCAAAGAUCCGCCGACAGCUACACUUCCUCAGAGUGCCGCAGAGACACGGCAGAAACAUAGAGAAAGCACGCAACCACUAGUGAAUCUAGCAUUGACAUGCAAGCGGCUUGCACCCAUAGCGCAAGAAUUCUUGUUCAAAAAUGUAUCGCUACCGCGCCAAUUACAAGACCGCGAACCGUCGUACGACGGCUUUUAUGCAUCACCGAUUCUGCAUUUCUUGCGUACAAUUAUCGAGCGCCCCGAUCUAGUGAAAAAUGUGUGCAGUCUAGCGACAUGGUUAUGGAAAGGUGUGCCUAUACGGCCGUUACAAUACCUGAGCGAGUCGUCGGACCAUGUCCCAGGCAGUUUAGCAGCAAAGAUGGCCAACAUUAUCUACACUCUCCCGGAUGGCUCCCAGCGAUCCGGCGCAGGUCACGCACGAUGGAUACAGAGCCUCUCCUGCCCGAGCGAACUCAUGGUCGCUAGUUUGAUAUUAGCGUCUUUGCCUCAACUGCGCGCCGUCGAGAUCUACGCCAAAGCAGCACCCAGUUCCAACAACGUGUAUGGCAAUCUUGGCUGGUUUCUCAGGCGAGAGGAAGAAACUGGCAUUUGUUGGCUGAGUCAAGGUCUAAGCAUGACGAAUAUAAAAAGUCUGACUUUGUCUACCAACCUUGAUUGGUUAUGUAUCAACAUCAGCAGUCUCACACAUCUGACCCUGGACUACAACGGGCGGCACCCGUUCGUAAACUUCCUCGAGGGAGACAUCGCGCCCAUCAUAAACCUGACUAUCCUCUGGGAAUGCAACGAUAAUGUCGAUCCACUAGGAAGGUCACAACGUAAGAAUGGAAAGAAGCUCAGCGUACUUGCUUACUAG